CCAUCCCGUGACAGCCAGCUCACUCCUUCCCACCCCCGACCGCCGGCAGCGUGCCGGAGCGUGCGCGCGCGCCCCCGCUAGCAGCUCCGAUCGGUCUCGGGAGCGCGCUCUGUGUGGCCGCUGCCGCCAUGUUGUUGUGGUUGUGAGGAGGCGGCGGCGGCAGCGGAGUAGCCGGCGGAGACGCUCCAGCGGCUCAGGCGCUGCCCCACGCCGGCCCUGGCUGGCAGGCUCGUGGGGUGGCGGAGGAGGCCGUGCAGUGGCGGGCCUCGCCAUGUCCUGCCACCUGGUCUCAAGCAGAAGAGAAAGAAGAGCCUUGUUAGAGACUGGAGAAGGACGGGGUCUCUCCUGCCCUAGCCAGGUCAUGGAUGAAGAGAUGCGGCAUAGCCUGGAGUGCAUCCAAGCCAAUCAGAUCUUUCCCAGGAAGCAGCUGAUUCGGGAAGAUGAAAAUCUUCAGGUUCCUUUUCUUGAACUUCAUGGAGAGAGCACAGAGUAUGUGGGCCGUGCUGAGGAUGCCAUCAUAGCCCUUUCUAAUUACAGACUUCACAUCAAGUUUAAGGAGUCUCUUGUUAAUGUUCCAUUACAGCUUAUAGAAAGUGUUGAAUGCCGUGAUAUAUUUCAGCUUCAUUUGACAUGCAAAGACUGCAAAGUUAUCAGGUGUCAGUUCCCUACCUUUGAGCAGUGUCAAGAUUGGCUAAAGAGACUGAACAAUGCCAUCCGACCCCCUGGUAAAAUAGAAGACCUCUUCUCAUUUGCAUACCAUGCUUGGUGCAUGGAGGUCUACGCCAGUGAAAAAGAACAACAUGGAGACUUGUGCAGACCAGGGGAACAUGUAACGUCAAGGUUUAAGAAUGAAGUGGAGCGGAUGGGUUUUGAUAUGAACAAUGCCUGGAGGAUUUCCAACAUCAAUGAGAAAUACAAAUUAUGUGGUAGUUAUCCACAAGAGCUCAUAGUACCUGCCUGGAUCACUGACAAAGAACUAGAAAGUGUGGCAGGCUUCCGAUCCUGGAAGCGCAUCCCUGCUGUCAUCUACAGGCACCAAAGCAAUGGAGCUGUUAUUGCCCGCUGCGGACAACCAGAGGUUAGCUGGUGGGGCUGGCGAAAUGCUGAUGAUGAGCACCUGGUGCAGUCAGUGGCCAAAGCUUGUGCUUCUGACUCUCAAUCAAGUGUCAGCAGGGUUUCCACAAGGAGCAGUUGUCGGGACUUUCCCAAUGGCGGAGAUCUCUCUGAUGUGGAGUUGGAUUCCUCUCUGUCAAAUGCUUCAGGAGCAGAAAGCUUAGCUCUUCAGCCACAGAAACUUUUGAUUUUGGAUGCACGUUCCUAUGCAGCAGCUGUGGCAAAUCGAGCCAAAGGAGGAGGCUGUGAAUGCCCAGAGUAUUACCCCAACUGUGAAGUUGUGUUUAUGGGAAUGGCAAACAUCCAUUCUAUCCGGAGGAGUUUCCAGUCUCUUCGACUGCUGUGUACACAGAUGCCAGAUCCUGGAAAUUGGCUUUCAGCUCUUGAAAGCACAAAAUGGCUCCAUCACCUGUCUGUGCUCCUGAAGUCGGCACUUCUUGUAGUUCAUGCUGUGGACCGUGAUCAGCGACCGGUGCUAGUGCACUGCUCAGAUGGCUGGGAUCGUACUCCCCAGAUUGUGGCGUUGGCUAAGCUCCUGCUGGAUCCUUACUACCGAACAGUAGAGGGUUUCCAAGUCCUUGUGGAGAUGGAGUGGCUGGAUUUUGGCCAUAAGUUUGCUGACCGGUGUGGUCAUGGGGAGAACUCAGACGAUUUGAAUGAGCGUUGCCCAGUGUUUCUGCAGUGGCUUGACUGCGUUCAUCAGCUUCAGAGGCAAUUUCCCUGCUCUUUUGAGUUCAAUGAAGCAUUCCUUGUGAAACUGGUACAGCAUACCUAUUCCUGCCUCUUUGGAACAUUCCUGUGCAACAACGCCAAGGAGAGAGGGGAAAAGCAGACUCAGGAACGGACAUGUUCUGUGUGGUCACUUCUUCGGGCAGGCAACAAGGCUUUCAAAAACCUACUGUAUUCAUCUCAGUCAGAAGCUGUGCUAUAUCCAGUGUGCCAUGUGCGGAAUCUGAUGCUGUGGAGUGCAGUGUACCUUCCCUGCCCAUCUCCAUCUGCUCCCACAGAUGACAGCUGUGCACCAUACCCAGCCCCAGGCACCAGCCCUGAUGACCCACCCCUGAGCAGGCUACCUAAGACUAGAUCAUAUGACAAUCUGACCACAGCCUGUGACAACAUGGUGCCUCUGGCCAGCCGUCGCAGCAGUGACCCCAGCCUGAAUGAGAAGUGGCAGGAACAUGGGCGCUCACUGGAGCUGAGCAGCUUUGCUGGCUCUGGGGAAGAGACACCUGCUGUGGACAACCUGCGGAAGCCCAGCAGGCUGCUCGGAGGUGCUGAGCUAUCUGUGGCAGCUGGUGUGGCUGAAGGGCAGAUGGAGAACAUUUUGCAAGAGGCCACUAAAGAGGAGAGUGGGGCAGAAGAGCUUGCCCACAGGGAGCACACUGAGGCACCAGAGGUCGAGGAGGAGGCACUCCAAGCAAAGGAGAGCAGGGUCACAGCUCAGAGCUCAGACGUACUUCACCAAGAUCCAGAGCUGGAUGCUGCUGCUCUAAGAAACCAUCUAGACCCCAGCCUGCCUUUGUUCUCACAGGAUACUCCUGAACAGCAAGAUGGGCACAGUGUUCUCUCUAGUUCACUCCAGCCUCCCCUCAGGGGAGAGGACUCCCAGGAGGUCCCUGUGGAGCCGCCUCAAAUAGAAGAUACUGCUCAGGACAGGGAGAAUGGAGCUCCUACUGUCCCAGUAGACGCAAAACUUGGCCUUGGUACCUCACAGUCUAGUUCUCUGCUGCCUUCCCAAGUCCCAUUUGAGACAAGAGAACCACACAUGACUAGCUCCGUGCACAUGUUACUAGAAGAUAAGGUGAAGUCAGACAGUGGGUCCCAGCUCCAUCACAGACCUUGCCUUGCAAGCAGUGGUAGGCUCAGUAGCAAGGAUAUGUUUCCCAUGGUUCCAGAGCCCAGGUCUGCUGAGAGGCCUCAUUGGGACUCUGUGCUGUAUAGGACUUCAUCCCCUGGCAAUACCCUCAGCCUGAUGCGGGCUUCUUGUGCCUUGCCAUUAGACAAAUGUAGACAGGGGAUUGUGUGCAACGGUGCCCUAGAGACUGAAAACAAGGCCUCAGAACAGCCUUCAGGGUUUGGCACCCUUCAGAAGUACCCCACACCCAAUGGGCACUGUGCCAAUGGGGAGGCUGGGAGGAAUAAGGACUCACUGAGCCACCAGCUGUCUGCCACAAGCUGCAGCUCUGCUCACUUGUACUCAAGGAACUUGCACCACAAGUGGCUGAAUAGCCACUCAGGGAGGCCAUCCACUACCAGUAGCCCUGACCAGCCUUCCCGCAGCCACCUAGAUGAUGAUGGCAUGCCUGUGUACACAGACACAAUCCAACAGCGCCUGCGUCAGAUAGAGUCUGGCCACCAGCAGGAAGUGGAGACCUUGAAGAGACAAGUCCAGGAGCUCAAGAGUCGCCUGGAGAGCCAGUGCCUGACCAGCUCACUGCGCUUCAAUGGGGACUUUGGAGAGGAAGUGACUUCAAUCCCCGACUCGGAAAGCAAUCUGGAUCAGAACUGUUUGUCUCGCUGCAGCACAGAGAUUUUCUCUGAAGCCAGCUGGGAGCAGGUGGAUAAACAGGACACAGAGAUGACCCGUUGGCUCCCUGACCACCUGGCUGCCCACUGCUAUGCCUGUGACAGUGCCUUCUGGCUGGCCAGCAGGAAGCACCACUGCAGGGACACUGACCGUGUUGAUCAAACGUGGAAUUGUGGGAACGUAUUCUGCUCCAGUUGUUGUAACCAGAAGGUUCCAGUUCCCAGCCAGCAGCUAUUUGAACCCAGUCGAGUGUGCAAGUCUUGCUAUAGCAGCCUCCAUCCCACAAGCUCCAGCAUUGACCUUGAACUGGAUAAGCCUAUUGCUGCCACUUCAAACUGAAGCUCAGUGACCUGGGGUGGCUGAGGCCAUGCUGCUGUUCCUUUAACAGGCUCAUACACAGCCUGGGCAGUGUGAGAGGCCCAUACACUUUGGAAUGGGGGAAUGGAACAACCUGUACAGAGAUUGGGAUGUACCACUGGAUUGUAAAUUGAUUUUUGUUUCAUCUCCCCUUCCCUUUCCAUGCUCCCUCUUUGCCUUCUAAAAAGAAAAAUGUCCCCAGUUGUCUUAAUUUUUUUUUUUUUUUUUUUAAUGGAAGGUCAGAGGUUACCAGGCCCCUAUAACUGCCGAGCUAUUUGUUCUCAGGUAUGCUGGGGGAUGGCUUAAUGCUUCCCAGUGGAAGGAGCCAGAAUGAAGGCCUGAGACAGCAGGACAGAAAGUCAAUCUAACAUUAGUGACCAUUCCUUACAUCACACCUCUGUCAGAGCCUACUGGUAAACCUUUGCUGCUGGGGAGGCUAGAAGUACCUUUCUGGAGAGUGCAGUUCCUGAGGGGGACCUCACAGAUAAACACAGGAUGGCAUCUCAAGAAAGGGCACACAGUGAGGUACUCCACAGGCCUCACUUUGAAAAGAGAGGCCUGUGCUCCUUUUGAGUUACUGAGGGGCUGGGUGGUUGACAUGUUGGCCCAUGUGGAUUCCAUCUUUAACUUGACCAGAUUGGGUAGGGCUCCCUUUGCCUCCUUGGGCGGUGCAGAUGCCAGAAUAUGGUGCCUCUGUGGUCAAGGCCUGCCCUGAACUAGGCACCUGGGAGCUCCCUCUGGGGCCUGGCCCCACAAACAAUCUCUUCCUCGGCCAACACAGGGAAAUCCAGACUCAGGGUUCCACAAGUUCCCCCAUUCCCAAAGCAAAUCAAUCAUGCAUCUCCCCUUGAGGGACAGAGUCCCUCAGUUACAAAGCUCUCCGCACAAUCAGCCCCCUCUUCCCCUACUUUUGGGGGCUGCAGGAAGGACCAGGAGUCCCUGUCCUGCUUCUGGCUGCCUGAGUGGGCACAUGCCUGGCUUCUGCUACCAGUGAAGAACCACUUGGUGAUCGCAGGGUUCAAAGAACAUGACAAGAGGAGAUUUGGGGUUCCUUUCCUCAGUGAGCUUUGAUGUGGUCCAAAAGAGCCUUAAACCAGUAGCUACCUGUGGUGGAGGUGGGUGUGGGAAGGGUGGAGAGUAGUUUUGAAUUGUUGGUAUAUGUGUUUGUGCCCCCACUCCCCACCCCCAGGGCCAUACUUGGCUCUGCUAAAAGCCGCAAACUGCUAACAGCAGAUUGUAAUGUGAGGGCUGGAUGAGGUUGGGGGGGACACCUCAGUUCUAGCCUGGCCUAUGUCCAUGCCCCUCUCCUUUGGAAGUUGUUAACUGGCCAUGGGUGUUCGGUUUCAGGAAGGUGGUUGUGCAUGUUCCUGAGUGUGUGUGUAAGAAGCCCAGAAGCCCUCCCUAGUACUGUCUGCUGAAACGAAGCCCAGGGUAUCCGAGCAUUGCUCAUUCCUCCAGCAGCAAAUCACCCAGAGGCCGAAUCUAGUAAAACAGGGUGAAGUUCUCUUCCAUGCUUGCUGUGGUUUGGAGGUGUGGGUAGAGAAAGGUUGGCAUAAUUGAAGAUUGUGCAGUUCCUAGUGACAGGUGCCAAGAGGUUAUGAUACGGGUUUCUUGGGUCUGUUGUACAGUGUGAAUAAAUGCUUGCAGCUCUUAGCCCUUUUUGAUCAA